AUGGGUCAUUCCAAUCAGGACUUGGAUACUUAUGUUGCUGUUAAACGGAUUUCAAAGGCCUCUAAGCAAGGAAUUAAGGAAUAUGCAUCUGAAGUGAAGAUUAUUAGCCGAUCAAGGCACAAGAAUCUUGUGAAGCUUAUUGGCCAGUGUCAUGAAAAAGGAGAACUUAUACUUGUUUAUGAGUUCAUGGCUAAUGGCAGCCUAGAUUCCCAUCUUUUUAAAGGUAAAACCUUAUUGACUUGGGAAGUGAGAUUUAAAAUUGUGCAGGACCUGGCAUCAGCACUAUUCUAUCUACAUGAAAAGGGUGACCAUUGCGUACUACACAGAGAUAUCAAAGCGAGCAACAUUAUGUUAGAUUCUAGUUUCAAUGCUAAACUUGGGGAUUUCGGACUUGCUAGGCUAGUGGAUCAUGCAAAAGCGUCACAAACCACCCAUUUAGCUGGGACUAUGGGCUAUUUGGCACCUGAAUGCGUUUCAUCGGGAAAGGCUAGCAAGGAAUCGGAUGUCUACAGUUUUGGAGUUGUGGCAUUGGAGAUUGCAUGUGGCAGAAGAUCAAUAGAGCCCAAAUAUGAAGAAUCUCAAGCUUCGUUGGUAACCUGGGUGUGGAAUGCUUAUGGAAGCCAACGGUUGCCUGAUGUAGCUGACCCAAAACUAUGUAUGAACUUUGAUGCUAAACAAAUGGAAUGCUUGUUAAUGGUUGGACUGUGGUGCGUCCAUCCAGACCAGCAUUUAAGACCAUCUAUAAGGCAAACACUUCAGGUUUUUAAUUUCGAAGCACCGUUGCCGAAGCUUCCAGGUACGAGGCCAACUCCAACAUAUGAUGCACAAACCACUUCAGAAAUUCAAGCGAGCCAUGUUUUUCGGGUAUGA